AUGAGAGACUUCGAAUUGGCGGAACAAGAGACUAAGGAGAAGUUGAAAGCAGAAAGGAUACGCCUGGCUAAGCUGGCUUCGGGCACGCCGCAUAGCAUAGUGGUGGAGCCAGAGCAGAAGGCUGAGGAGGAGCCGGUUAAGUCUAAGAGAGUCGGAAGGAAGAGCACUCGGAAGGCCCAGGCGCGUCAGGAAGCCAUGGAUACUGCAGCUGGGGAAAAGGCUGCUGCUACUGCUGCCGCCGCCGCUGCGCACAGCAAAGAUUCCAUGUAG